AUGGAAGUUGAUGGUAUGCGCCGCCUCGGCAACAAGUGCGAAGGAGAAACUGACAUUGGCGCAGAUGAAGGUCCCUCGAAUGCCGUCGUUCUCCACGAGGACAAGCAAUACUACCCUACUGCACAACAGGUCUAUGGCCAGGAUGUCGAAACUAUGGUUCAAGAGGAGGAUACACAGGCCCUGUCACAGCCUAUCAUUGCUCCCAUCGUACAGAAGAAGUUCACUGUCGAAGAGGCCGACUUGCCUCCCGUUUUCUUCAGCCGCGACUUCAUGACCGACCUGAUGAACUUUCCCGAUCAGAUUCGCAACGUCGCCCUUGCCGGCCACCUUCACCAUGGUAAAACGGCUUUCAUGGACAUGCUCGUAAUGCAAACACACAACAUUCAGGAAAAGCUGGAUAAGAGGAAGGGACGCGACAGGGACGAGCAGCUGAGAUAUACCGACACACAUCUUCUGGAGCGCGAAAGAGGUGUGUCGAUCAAGACUGGUCCUAUGAGUCUGGUUCUACCCGCCACCAAGGGAAAGUCACAUCUGAUCAACAUGCUGGAUACUCCUGGUCACGUCAACUUCGCCGAUGAGGUUGCUGCUUCGCUACGUCUGGUUGAUGGUGUCGUCCUCAUUGUCGACGUUGUUGAGGGUGUUCAAGUCCAAACCGAGAUGGUCAUCAAGCACGCUGUUUUGAACCACCUACCGCUGGUCCUGGUUGUCAACAAGAUGGAUCGUCUGAUUCUGGAACUCAAGCUGCCUCCUGCCGAUGCUUACUUCAAACUCAAGCAUGUUGUGGAAGAGGUCAACACUGUCAUCGAAAACACAAUCCCUGGUCAGGGCGAGAAGUAUCGUGUCAGUCCUGAGAAGGGCAACGUCGCUUUCGCUUGUAGUAUAAUGGGCUGGUGCUUCACUCUUCCAUCCUUCGCCCAUAUGUACGCCGAGACGUAUGCUGGUAGCGGUCUGGACGUGCCCGAAUUCAGCAAGAGACUAUGGGGCGACAUCUACUUCAACCCUGGAAGUCGCAAGUUCACCCGACGUGGCACAGAGCCGGCCAGCAAACGCUCCUUUGUCAACUUUGUCCUCGAACCCAUCUACAAGCUCUAUUCACACACCAUCAGCGAAAGUCCUGAAGAUCUCAAAAAGACACUGGAAAGUCUCGGAAUCCAUCUCAAGCCCACACAACUUCGUGCAAACGCCAAGGACCUACUGAAGAUGGCGUGCGAGCAGUUCUUUGGUCCUGCAACUGGAUUUGUGGACAUGGUUGUUGACCACGUCCCAUCACCUGUUGAGGGAGCCAAGCAGAAGCUUGAAAACUACUACACUGGUCCUACUGAUACCAAGACAGCUGAAAGCAUGCUCUCUUGCGACCAGGACGGUCCUCUUAUCGUCCAUGUUACGAAAUUGUUCAACACCACAGACGCAACUGGAUUCAACUCAUUCGGUCGUGUCAUGAGUGGUACAGCACGUCCUGGCCAAAAGGUUCGCGUACUAGGUGAGGGAUACACGAUCGAUGACGAGGAAGACAUGGUGGAAGCCACUAUUUCUGAUGUCUGGAUCGGUGAAUCGCGAUACAACAUUCCUACCAGUGGUGUGCCUGCUGGUAACUUCGUUCUCCUCGGAGGAGUCGAUAACUCCAUCGUCAAAACUGCUACCAUUGUUUCACCUAAGCUUCCAGGAGAUGAAGAUGCCUACAUCUUCCGCCCUGUACAACACUUCUUUGAGUCUGUAUUCAAGGUGGCUGUUGAGCCUAUCAACCCUUCCGAGCUCCCGAAGAUGCUUGAUGGUCUCCGUAAAGUCAACAAGUCAUAUCCUCUUAUCACUACCAAGGUGGAAGAGUCGGGAGAGCACGUUGUUCUUGGAACUGGUGAACUCUACAUGGACUGCGUUUUGCACGAUCUGCGCCGACUAUACGCAUCAAUGGAGAUCAAGGUCUCUGAUCCUGUGACACGCUUCUGCGAGACGGUUCAAGAAACGUCAGCCAUAAAGUGUUACGCAUUGACACCGAACAAGAAGAACAAACUCACAAUGGUUGCAGAACCCCUCGAUGAUGGCAUUGCUCAAGACAUCGAGAGUGGAAAGGUCAACAUCAGAGACCCAGUACGCAAGGUCGGCAAGUUCUUCGAAGAGAACUACAGUUAUGAUUUGCUAGCCUCGCGCAACAUAUGGGCCUUUGGGCCUGACGAUAUGAGCCCUAACAUUCUACAAAACGACACAUUACCUUCCGACGUGGACCAAAAGCUUCUCAAGAGCGUUAGAGACACGAUACGUCAAGGUUUCUCAUGGGGUACCCGUGAAGGACCACUCUGUGAAGAGCCCAUCCGCAACACAAAAUUCAAGAUCACCGACGUCAGUCUCGCACCAGAGGCAAUCUACCGUGGUGGUGGUCAAAUAAUCCCCACAGCCCGUCGCGCAUGCUACAGCAGUUUCCUUAUGGCCAGCCCGCGACUGAUGGAGCCGGUAUACAGCUGCUCCAUGAUCGGCAAUGCAGACAGCGUGAGCAGUUUGUACACAGUCCUUGCCAGACGUAGAGGUCACGUCCUCUCGGAUGGCCCCAUUGCUGGCACACCUCUAUACAAAGUCUCAGGUCUGAUCCCUGUAAUCGACUCGUUCGGCUUCGAAACCGACCUCCGCAUCCACACUCAAGGACAAGCCACACUGUCACUUGUCUUUGACCGCUGGAGCGUUGUGCCUGGUGACCCUCUGGAUAAGAGCAUCAAGCUAAGACCGCUGGAACCUGCUUCUGCACAAGCGACUGCGCGUGACUUUGUGCUCAAGACACGUAGGAGGAAGGGUCUGGCCGAGGAUGUUACGAUCAGCAAGUUCCUCGAGCCUGAGUUGUUUAGGAGUCUGAAGGAGAGUGGUAUCUUGGAUCAACCUGCGUAG